GCCAGGGUGGGAGGCAUGGAGCCUCUCUGGCUGCUCAUCCUGCUCUUUGUCACAGAGUCAGGCGGAGCCCCCAACACCACAGUGCUCCAGGGCGUGGUGGGCCAGUCCCUGCAGGUCUCCUGCCCCUACGACUCCACCAAGCACUGGGGGCGGCGCAAGGCCUGGUGCCGCCAACUGGACCAGGAGGGCCCGUGCCAGCGCGUUGUCAGUACGCACAGCCUGUGGCUGCUGGCCUUCCUCAAGAAGUGGAAUGGGAGCACGGCCAUCACGGACGAUGCCCUGGGCGGCACCCUCACCAUCACCCUGCGGAAUCUUCAAGACCACGACGCUGGCCUCUACCAGUGCCAGAGCCUCCGUGGCCGUGAGGCCGACACGCUCCGGAAGGUGCUGGUGGAGGUGCUGGCAGACCCCCAGGAUCACCAGGACACGGAAGACCUCUGGGUCCCGGAGGAGUCCGGGAGCUUCGAGGCUGUCCCUGUGGAGCACAGUAUCUCCAGGGAGACCCCGUUUCCACCUACUUCCGUCCUCCUCCUCCUGGCCUUCAUCUUUCUCAGCAAGCUGCUGACUGCCGGCGCUCUCUGGGUGGCAGCCCGGCGGUGGCAGAAGCUGAGGAGCUUUCCAGCCAGCGGGCUGGGCUGUGGCUACGACCCAGGGCACCAGCUCCAGACGCUGACAGGGGAAUGCUGUGUCAGUGACCAGGCGAACCCCAGAACUGACAUCUGCCAGCCCAGUCAUGGGCCCCAGGCUUCUCCUGCUGCUGCUCCUGGGACGAGCAGCAUCCCCUUGAUCUGGUGUGCUGUGUCCCUUCUGGGCCUUCUGGUGGCAGCUGUGGUGCUGUUUGCUGUCAUGACCAAAAAGAGAGGGAACAGGCCUGAAGUCUAUGACCAGUUCCCAAGCCAGAGAGUUGCAGGCACGGGCCCCUCCUCAGUAGUCCACCACAUCGACGAUUCUGGACCCACUGCUGUAUUGCCUUUGGACGCACCAUGUGCUCGGCUUGACUCAUCACUUUCCUUCGACAAUGCCGCCUACGCCAGCCUCCCUCUUGAUUGCCCACCUGGGAAACCUCCAUCCCCAUCCUCACCUCCUCUGCCUCCUAAGGCUAUGUCCUCCAAGUCUGUGACAUAUGCCACGGUUUUCUUCCCAGGAGGGGACAAAAGCAGAGGGGCCUCCUGGGAGUCUGUUCAGGAUCUACCUAACAGUCAGACUCCACCCAGCUGAACUGCUCACCACACUGUACACGCAGGGGGGCUGACCCUGGGGGCUCUGCGUACCCAUCUCCCCAGCUCAGAUCCUGUAUUCUCAGAACCUAUGAACAACUAGGGAUUAUCCAAUAUCCUCACUUUACGGAUAGGGAAUGUGCUACUCAGAUAUGACUGAGGGGUCUUGGGGAAGACCCCUGCCCCACGCUGCUUCCUCUGCCAUUACACAUUGGGCUAAAUAAACUCUAAAUGAUGAUAUGUGAA